AUGGAGGAUAUUCGUCAAGCCAUACGGCAAGGCCGCACGUUGGCUACACAAGGUCUCUAUGAGCAAGCCAAGAUACUAUGGAAGUCUACGCUAAGUACCUCAUAUUAUAUGCAGGAUUAUGCUGGUAUGUUUGUGCUGUCUGUUAAUGUCGGUGAGGUUUGUGUACGGAUUGCAAAGCAAUCAAACACGAUAUCUCAAGCGUUGCUACAAUUGCAAGAAGCAAAUGAGAAUCUUGAGUAUGCGCUGCAACUGGUGGAAAAGUUUUCGCUCUGUAAUAUCUUAGCAGGACAUGGAGCGUUGUAUCAAGGCGUGAUGCGUGCAAAGACAUUGAAGAGGAAGGCAAAGACAUUGCUGGACAAGUUGCAACAGAUUGAGGUGGAAGACGAGACAAAAAGAAACGAUGAAGUGGUGGAAGUUUGUAUGACGUGCGAAGUAGGUAGUGAACAGAUUGUGCUGGAUGAGAAUGAUGGUUGUUAUUACUGCAGAAAAUGCUAUGAGGAAUACUAUGCUACAUUCGAGAAUGAUGCUAGCGUUCAGACUGUCGAAGCGUUUGUUGCUGUCUAUGAUGUAGAUGGUUUGGAAAAAGAGAAAAAGAAUGAGAGAGAUGAAGAGUUAGGCUUGGAAAAUGAAAAAGGUGACGAUAGUACUGAUCAGGUUGUGGCUGAGUCGAGCGCAACAACCGAACCGAAUCACGUUACGCGUAUUCAUAGCGAAGGCAAAGACGCAGAGGCGGUUGAUCCUCAGAAGGUCGAGGUGAACCGCACUAAAUACGAACGAGUCGAGCUGGGAUCACUUGCAGAUUAUCUGGCUGGAACGCUUCAGAUCGAGCGUGAUAAAGUUCAGCAAUCUAAGAUCCAGCAGAAUGACGUUUGCAAUGAUGCCCUUGAGUUGACUGCAGCGGCUCGUGAUCGACAAGAAGAGUGCCGUGAAGAGUGUAUAACUACGGACAGUGACCUCCAAGACGUGCCACCGUAUGAAACCAGCCUUGUUACAUCAGAUGAGGAUGUCCAGCAUGAAGUAGGAAAAAAGCUACUGAAUGAGGAGAAUAUUGCAGACAGAGCACACGAAAAAUACGAAUACUCGGUUGCCCGACUGCUGGCACUUCGGAAGCUUUCGCCUUGUGAGUGUCCAGAGUCUCUAUUAACAUCACCCGUGCGAGAUAAUGGGUCUACUUUGACUCCUGUUCAAACUAAAGCCAAUAGCAUGCGGAAGAAAUCAAAUUCUAAAAAGACAACGAGGUUAACAACAUUACGUCAGGAAAACAAUCGAGACACCACCGGAUCUAAUCAAUUAAAGAUGCCAACAACAACAACGGAUGCGAGUCCAUCCAUCUCGCUCUUACCAUCGAUGGACUUGUGCAAUACACUGCGUGAAGCUCUCCAGAAGAGCAGGAGACGGAUAAUGGAGCGUUUCGAUGAACUCGGAGUGAAAUACUCCGGUUUAGAAGCAAUGCGACAGAUCUACCCGUCAACCAUUGAAAAUGGUGUAAAUCUGUACAAUUUACUGGCAGCACGUGACUCACUGCUUUUAGAACCACCGACGUAUCAGAUUGAAGCAGGAUUUGGCACGUGGAUUGAAUCGGAUGGAAACACAAAACCCAUGCGGGGUGAUGAUCCCGACGAAGACACGAAUCUUGUGUACCAGAGUGUUCCUGGUCCGUGCUGCAAUGAUUCAUGUGAAAACCCACACGGUUUGAACGUUCGGGCUUCUUUUGUUGCACCUACCAAGACUUUCCAGCUUUUUCGAGCGCGAUACCAGCGAAAUAAUAAAAAAGGUGGACAGAAAAACCUACGCUGCUUUCCAUGCUGUCGUAAUGGACGCCAUGUGAGUUCAGGUUUCUGCGGAGAUUCAAUCAGAGUGCACGUGGCAGUGAGUCGUAUGACUGAAUCAGGAGGUGUAAAGAUUUGCCCCAUCCAAACAACUCGCCCGGCCGUGUUGGCAUUUGCGCGUUUCCUCAACCUUGAUGGUACGUUUGAUCCGACAGCUUCGGGACCUGAGGUCUUCACCGGACAGACGAUCGAGAAGACGGAUGUGCUUGCGUGGGUGCGCGACAAGCAACAUCCAACAAACCCACUCUUUCCGGGGAUUCUGCGUGGUGCUGCCAUGGAGACAUCGUCUCAGUCGGCAAUUUUCGAGUUUAAUGCUGAAUGUAAGGCGUGGCAUUAUGGCUGGACCGCCCCACGUGGCCAAGGACUAUCUGGAAGCGAUGCGCAUCAUGUGCUAGAAGUGCUUUUCAUGAAGCCGAUGGGUUCUUAUAUGUACUGCCUGGAGCGUCUGCGCUCGGAUGAGUUUUCUAUCUAUUCCAGCCGUAGAGCUAGUCAUGCAGCUAUCAAGCCUGAACCAGAGGCUUUCGAGCACGAAGAGGAUGCCGAUGAUAGAAAUCUUAAGCGAAAGCGUACACUUAUGCGCAAGGUAGCAACGUCGUCUCCAAUCGACGCAAUAUUGCCCCAGCCUCCAGCCUCACCGUCAUCAACACUUGUGACCAGCUGUCCAAUGAAUUCUCCGAUCUUUUCUCCCUCAAAGGGAGAUAUGACUAAUGAACGUCGCCUAGGCGCUCCUUCUGCAACGCGGGUGACUCUCCCCGCAUCGAGUGCAUCCCCUACGUUGACAGGCUUUUUCGACAUCGCGUUGCCCCUGACAGACAUACCACCGUUUAAGGUGGGAAAUGUUUUUGGGUCAGUAUCAUCUCCCAUGGCUGUAUGCCCUUCGUCUUCUCCCGUUCUGGUGGACAGUGCGUCGUCAGUAUUUGACUGCCGUAGUCUUGACGACAUGAUGAUUAGUGGUAGCAUGCUACAAAAUGAGACCCAGCAACAGCAACAAUUGCUAAUCGACGAGCAAAACCAAACUCUUCGGCGACAUCAACGCGAACAGCAAGAACUGUUAUUACAGCAGCAGCAGCAACUCACUCAGCACCUUGCUGAGCAAAUGAUGGUCAGCCAACAGCAUGUACACGCGAAUCAUCUGCAAGUCCCGGGAGGGCUCCAGAGCCAUUCGCUGUUUCAAGAAGAGCAACCCGCUCGCCGUGUUGUUUCGACAGACGAGCUGCCGUGGUCAGAGCUAUACCAUCUGUUUGACACCCUGCUCGCUCCAGGGACUACCGACGACGAUCUUGAUCGUGACGAGGAGAUUUUGUCGAUUCCUGGCAACGGUCCGUAUCGCUACGAGAUACCACCCUUCCUCUGCGAUGAUUAUGCAGAGUUUGUGUAUACGUGGAAAGAAGAGCCGAAAAAUUCCAAGAUUAAGGAAAGCGAUAGAGCAGAAAUGUGGGAAAACCAGAUCGCAGUCUUCUACAGGGCAAAGUCAAGUAAGUAA